AUGUCCAAUGAGACCCAGAAAGCCGACCAAAUAGCCUUUCAUGUCUAUACGAAACUAUCUCACGUUGUCAAUCACGCCCGUACCACUGUCGAGCCCAGGGUGCAGCCCAAAGUCGACAAAUGGUUCAAUCUAGAGACACCCGACUCUGAUUUGCUCUUCAAAGAGGCCAGGGAGCCUUAUCGCUCCUUGUCGUCUUACGUCCCGCCCGGCGCAGCCCCCCCUUUAGAGAUCCAGGUUCUACUAACAAUCCCAGAGCUCGCUUCAAAUCAAGUGCUCGUCCACUUGAGUAAUGAUAUACCCAGCAGGAUAGACCCAACACCGCGAUAUAUCCUAUUGGAGUCCCAUGUUCUCAACUUCGCGCAUCACGGCUCUACUGCUUCCUUUUCUAGCUCGUCGUCGAGCGCGUCGGACGUUGCGCCACCAACUAUAUACAAGCACGGUAUUCCCCUCUUUCGUAGCCUAUACACACUCCUUCGCGUGCUUCCUGCCUGGAAGCUGUACAAACGACUCAAACGCCGCGCAGGGCGAAACGGAAAUAUGACCAUAAUUGUACGGGUGAAGGAAGCUGAUGACGAUGUGCUGGAAUUCGGUACGUCUCCAGCAUUGUGGGUGCUCAACAAUUUCCCUCAGACCUUGAUAGGCAUGCCGAUCACCUCCCAGUCGCCUCUUUUACCAUCUCCCGUUCUGCCCACGCAAACGCACACAUUUGUACCAGUGCCGCACCCUCAUGGAACCAUCACGUUGACAAUAACAUAUCUUUCCAAUCCCAAUUUCCAAAUUGAGGACAAGGAAAGCUUGUUCUCCAAUCGAUUCCUUGCUGGAGACAAAGCCGGAUUGCUGGAACAGCCAGCUCCUCGACCGGAGGCUGAACCACCAGUUCGUGAUGUAGAGUUCUUGCCAACACUUGUCAAGAAUCAGCAACGGGAUUCCAUUGCGAGUUCCUCCGGAAUGGGAUACAGCUCCUCACCAGUCCAUGGUUGGGCGUCUCAGCUACCCAGGGAUCGCGAAGUCAACGCUCAGUCGAUAGCUGACAGGUUCAUCCUACCCCCGCAGCCAUCAGCAUCCGGAAGCCCAGGGAUGGGUCACAGCCGCACAGCGUCUACACCUGGGAGUGGAGUCAACAGAGCGGUUGCGUUACCCGGAUCGACAGGUUCCGGUUCGCCCGCUGCCCUAGGACUUUAUGGUGGGACGGGCUUCUCAGGGGGAUCACGUUCUCGUACAAGCAGCCCACGCACAAGCCCCCGCAAGGGUAACAUUGGCUUGCCCUCCGUGCCACUGGGCAUACCUACGAGUACCACAUCAAUCUAUGGCAAGACCGCCAACUCUGGCUCUUACACAUCCCCCCUUCAACCUCUUCGAGACUUCCCCAGAGUCCCCAGCACGUCAGGUUCUCCGUCUACGUCUGGCGUGCCAGCAGCAGCGGGGAUACCUAGACCACUCUCGCGAUUGCGGACGUCAAGUACUGUUUCCACCCCUGGAUCUCCCGCUGGACUUGGGAUUGGUCUAGGCCUAGGCCUUCCGGGUUCGCUACCGCAAACCUCACUAUUAUCGCAGCACCCAUUGUCUCCCAUUCAAGCUUCCGCGACAAUGCCACCGACACCUACACGCUCGGGAAGCAGUAUCAGUCCGAUUGCAGUCAAACCAUUCAAGGCAGGUUCCUUGGCUAGUGCUGGUGUUGUUGCGAGCUCGGGUUCUGGGAGUAGCACCGGAGUAAUGACUCGACCGUCACCACCAUCCGGACCGUUGUCAGCUGGCCCGGGCCCGUCGAAUUACGCGUUUCCUCCCUCGACAGGUAGUCCUGACGCUCCCCGCCCGUCUCCAGUCCCUGUGCCUGGCAGAAAGCGGUAUUCAAGUAGCUUCGGUCAUAGGUAUGCCUCGUCCCUUGGUGCAGGAGGGAGUGCCACCGGUAGUGGUGGUAGCGCGGGAGGAAGCGCUGCUGGAAGUGCGGGAGUUCCAAGCAACGUUGGGAGCGCCGGAUCAGGGAAUAGAGAGGAGUUAGAUCCGGUCAAAGCAAGACGAAGCAGUUCUUCCUUCCUCAACGCGGGGGGCACCGACGACGACGAUAUUUCUCACUUUGUACAAGAGAUCGACGCUCGAAAGCCUUUGAGAGGGCGCUUGAGGAUGGAGGAAAGUGGAACGGAUAGUCAAGGACCGUCUCGAGCCCAUAGCGUCGGUCCGAGUAAUGUUGACCAACUAUGGCUUAAGGACGCCUCGGAGCGUCAAAUGGCGGACAAGGGGAAGAAUCUAGAUAUGGGACCACCGUCUCUAGGUCCCCUGAGAGGAGAACCUCGCUCGCCACUGGGUCGACGUGCGAGCCUCAAUGCGCAGCAAACGCAAACAGGGCUUCUUCUCGCCACUGGAACCUCCCCUGUGCUCACUAGUGCAGAUGAGAUCGAUGAACGGUUGCGAAAGAUGAACGAAGCGUUCUUAGCAAGUUUGGAAGGACUAGGUGGGUCCACAUCGACGUCUGGGGCAGGGUCUGGGUCGAGUACUCGAAGAGAGCGUGAAUUUGGUACCUUAGGGCGAGGCAGAGACUGGAAUCAGUAUCAAGAGCGGAGUGAAGGUCCUUCUCUGGGCGCGUUAUUUAGUGGGGGAGAACGUUCGAGUUGGGAUGGAGACUCAGAGAGUCGCGGUCGUGGUGGAGGGGAGGUAGGGAUUCCUGGUCAGCAACGGCGUUCUUCGCCGUUCUUGGGGCGAUUUAGGGAUCAAUACGGCGGCGAUUCUGGGAGCUCUAGUGAAGUCGCUGGCCUCGGAGGCAGCUCGGGCAGCGGCGCUGGGAGAGGUGUUGGGAGCGGUCACUUAGGACAGAUGAGCCAUGGAAGCGAGGAGGUUAUUGGUCGAAUGGACAUGGAGGCCGAGUUGGACAGUCAAGUGUUCGGAAAGCGUUACAGAUGA